GCCGGGUAACGCCAUUUUCACGCACCGCGCAGUCAGUCAGUCAUCCAGCCAGUGGACCAGCGAGCUGUCAGCUUCACCGGCGACUCGUCAACUUUUAAUUCAACCCCAUGAAGUCGCCAUCAAGUUAGUUUUACGGACUGCCAUGGAAUUUAAGGACAACAUGGUUUUCUGUAUUUAUGGCUCCGACUAAAGCCAGUGUUUUGACAGUUAGCCGGUUAGCUAUGUAGCUAGCUGGUCAUUAUAUAUUAACGGAGGUUGAUGCAGUGAAACCCAGAGGAACAUAUCCCAUUCGAAGACACUUUGGAUAUUGUGUUUUAAAAGUGACAUACUCUAUUUAUCGGCUAGAGUUGUACCUUUAAAGCAACACCAGUUUCAUUUAAAAAAGACGUGAUUUGGACGUCAAAAAGGAGAGAUAAAUUGACGUUACAUUGAAGCUACUUUGGAAACGGAUGUCCCAGAGAACGAAUGCGUGAGGACAUGUCCACCAUGGUGUGCGUGAAGGAGGAGGAGGACCCUGGGGAGAAGCUUUCCCAGGAAGAGAUCAUCUCCCGGACCAAGCAGGUGAUCCAGGGGCUGGAGGCCCUGAAGCAGGAGCACCACUCCAUCCUGGACGGCCUGCUGGGCACGCUGCGCUGCCUGAAGCAGGAGGAGGAGGAGGGCGUCCUGGUGGAGGAGAAGUCCCACAUGAUCCACAAGUCCAUGGAGAUGCUGGAGCUGGGGCUGAGCGAGGCACAGCGUGAGGCAGAAAGACUCAGACGACGGGUAGUGAUCCAUCCCAACCCGCUGCCUCACAUCCACCAGGAGCACGCCGCGCUGCUCUGCAUGGGCCUCCUCUUCCUCCUGAUUGGACGGAUCAUCUACCUUCAAGGAAGUGCCAACAGCUAG